GAACCGGAGUUUGUUAAUGAGUUGGUGCCCUCAAGAAAAUAUUCUUAACCACAAGUUAGUCGGAGGUUUCUUGACUCAUAGUGGGUGGAACUCGACGGUGGAGAGUAUUUGCGGUGGCAUUCUGAUGCUGUGCUGGCCAUUCUUUGCUGAGCAACAGACUAAUUGCAGGUACAACUUUGAAGAAUGGGGGAUCGGUAUGGAGAUUGAGAGUGAUGCCAAGAGAGAUGAGAUAGAGAGUUUGGUGAUUGAGUUAAUGGAUGGUGUAAAGGGUGGUACCAUGAAGAAGAAAGCUCUGUUGUUGAAAAACAUGGCGCUUGAAGCAACCACUGCCGGUUCCGGGUCGGGUGCAGGAUCAUCUUUUGUGAAUUUUGAGAAGGUUGUUCACCACCUGCUACAAACUCAAUCUUUGACCGAUUAACACAGAUUGAAUUUGCUUCCCUCUAUCAACUUGGAAUUACUGUAGUAAUUAUUUAUCUCUGUGCAAGCAAAUUAAUGUUUUUUAUUUUUUAUUAUUUUGAUUUAAUUUGUUUAUGUUAAAUUAUUAAUUUAUUAUAAUAAUGAUAAAAUAAACGUGUUUGAAUUCAAUAAAAGUUUCA